AUGGAGGACAAAAGUGCGACGGUGAUCGCUAUCCUCGUCGUUUUCUUCGUUCUGAGUUAUGUGGCCGUGGGUCUACGAACUUUUACACGACUCCGUGUAAACCAGGCCUUCGGAGUUGAUGAUGUUAUGAUUAUUGUUAACCUGGCUGCCUUCACAGCCUACCUGGCCGCCCAAAUUGAAGGAUGGAGACACGGCCUAGGGCACCACGAAAGCCAAUUGACAUCCAGUGACAGAAGUAUCGCCUUGAUGUGGUGGUACGUGUGCUUCCUGCUGUACAUUGUCAAUGUUUGUCUCUUCAAGAUAGCCGUUGGGCUAUUUCUACAACGUAUAGCAGUUGAAAAGUUUCACAUUUGGACUUUGCGUCUCAUCAUGGUCGGUGUACCAGUCUGCGGCACGGCUUACUUCUUUAUGUGCAUGUUCCAAUGCCAUCCUCCGUCUGCGUGGUGGCUGGACUCGCCUCGGGCCCUCGGCAAGUGCUGGGACGACAAAAUCGUAUUUGGAAUGGACCUCGCAGCAUCUAUUGUCAACUGCAGCGGUGACUGGGUUCUUGGGAUUCUGCCAAUCUUCAUGGUCAAGUCUCUGCAGAUGCAGCGACGCAGCAAGGUUCUCGUUGGGUGCCUACUGAGCUUUGCUGCGGUUGGGAGUACAGCAACUGUCAUAAGAAUCUUCUACUUAAAAGGACUGCUUCGAGGAGAUGAUUUUCUCUUCUUUUCCACCGAAGUGGCCUACCUCAGCACGAUCGAGUGCGGAAUAGGCAUCACCGCAGUCUCCCUGGGCACGCUGAAGCCGCUCGUGGAACGAUGGCGUGGUACCAUGACCAUGUCAUCGAAUUCGAAUGGACCAAGUUGGUCACUCCAGAACCGGGCCAACCCCCGAAGGAGUUAUGUUAGAGCUGAUGGAAGCGAUCGGGCCCCGACUCCAAAAUCAAGACUGGGAAGUAUUUUCCACAUUUCCAAAUCGGAACAUUCAGCGUCGAACACUGUUUCAAGUGUGAGCUACGCAGAUCAGGAUGUAGCGCCAAUUCCAGCAGCUACGAGCGCACAUGACGACAGCAACGACAACACCGCCGAGGCAAGGCAGUCGGAUCGUCCAAGAAAUACUCUGAUGCUUUCGGUUCCUCUACCGCCACCUGCAGUAUUGCCAAGCGCAGUGUUUCUCGACAACUCCAGUAGCAUAGACGUGGGCACUCCAAGAAUUCCUAGAUUCGCACCACUACCUUCUCUACUCUCGAUAUUCAACCCCUCAAAGCGCAAGUCUAUGGCUUCGUUUAGGUCGAAUGCUAAUGCGUCACCGAGUCCCAACUCUGCCAAAUUCGAAUUCUUCAGCCGCCUUCGUACAAGCGGGCCUGCAGGCAAUGGAAGUCAGAUACAGCUUAGUCCGGUUUGA